AAUGAAAUAUCAAAAACUGUCCUGAUGUUGCAAAAAUUGCAAUUCGCUAAAAAUUAUAGGUAGGCUACUUUUUCUUCAUACAUAGUGUCUCGAUGUUUGUGCCCUAUUCCGCAGCAGAUUGACUGAUUUUCUAAAGAGUCCAGGUCCACAAAAUGGGGAACAUUUUUGCUAAUCUAUUCAAAGGCCUUUUUGGUAAGAAAGAAAUGCGUAUUCUGAUGGUCGGUCUUGAUGCUGCAGGAAAGACUACAAUUUUGUACAAAUUAAAACUAGGUGAAAUUGUCACUACUAUUCCCACUAUAGGUUUUAAUGUUGAAACAGUAGAAUACAAGAAUAUUAGCUUCACUGUAUGGGACGUCGGUGGUCAAGAUAAGAUUAGGCCUUUAUGGCGUCAUUAUUUUCAGAAUACCCAAGGUUUAAUAUUUGUAGUGGAUAGUAAUGACAGAGAACGUAUUGGAGAGGCAAGAGAAGAACUAAUGAGAAUGUUAGGAGAAGAUGAACUAAAAGAUGCUGUUCUUCUUAUUUUUGCCAAUAAACAGGAUCUUCCAAAUGCCAUGAAUGCAGCAGAAAUUACAGAUAAGCUAGGCCUUCAUUCUUUGAGGAACCGCAACUGGUACAUCCAAGCCACGUGCGCUACCAGUGGAGAUGGUUUGUAUGAAGGACUUGACUGGCUGUCCAACCAGUUGAAAAACCAAAAGUAGAAUGGUCUAAUGCAUAAUAAUUUUUUCUAAUCCAAAAACAAAACAACUUCUAGUAAAAGUGGACCUGGACAUCACACUAAAACUUCUUGAGAAAUCCUGUAUAAGAAAAACAAACAAAUCAAUUAACACAAAAAGUCAGUUUAUACUAAAUUCGAUACAGUACAAUUUCCUAAACCAUGAUAUUUCUAACACUGACAUCAUAAAACAACAUUAGAAUUCAUUAUAUGGGAACCAUGGCUUUGUAGUAUUUUAUUGUGUUUUUAUUAGCUUUCUCAAUACAUUCCAAGCAAAAAACCAGUUGUUUGUAAAAGGAAAUAAAAAAGUGUCUACAUUAAAAUAUUAAUCUUAAGAAAUGUUCCAUUGUUGAACUAAAUAAUUUUGAGUGACCUUUCAGAUAAGUAUUGUAUAUAGCUAAACAAAAAGUCAACUCAUACCUCUCACUUUCUUUAAUACUACUGAUAUGCAUGAAUUUAAUUUUAUUUUUUGCAAUAUUUUUUUCUUAGAAAUCACAUGUUUUUUCACAAAUUUCCACUUGUGUGCUUCAUUGUUUUUAAAGGAAACAGGUCUUUGUGAGAAAGCUGGCAUUCACUUAAUAAAGGCAGAAGCAAUUAAGCUAGGAUUCAUUAUUAAUUGUCUUUUUUUUCUUUCUUUUUACUUUGGAAUAUGAAAAUGGCUAGUAAUCAUUAAGUAAUAUGUAUUUUAUUUUUAUGUAAAUCAGAAAUAAUAAAACACUUUGCCAACAUAAA